AGGAUUGAAUAUGCCUUCUCCUGUUAUCAGCAGUAAAAAUUGGCUGCGCCUUCAUUUCACUUCUGAUGAAAACCACAAGCAAAAAGGCUUCAGUGCCCAGUAUCAAGUAAAAAAGUCAGUUGAAAUGAAAUCCAGAGGAGUGAAGCUGCCACCGAGCAAAGAUAUCAACCAAAAGAACUCAGUGUUAACACAAGUGGGUGUGGCACAAGCCCAUAAUAUGUGUCCAGAUCCAGGAAUACCAGAUCGAGGGAAAAGACUUGGCUCUGAUUUUAGGUUAGGCUCCAGUGUACAGUUCUCCUGCGAUGAAGGCUAUAAUUUACAAGGUUCAAGAAGUAUUACCUGCAUGAAAGUGAGUGACACCUUUGCUGCAUGGAGUGACCAUAGGCCAAUCUGUAGAGCAAGAAUGUGCGGAUCCCCACUUCAAGGCCCCAGUGGAAUUAUUACAUCUCCCAACUUUCCAGUUCAGUACGAUAAUAAUGCACACUGUGUGUGGAUCAUCACUGCAACGAGUUCUUACAAAGUCAUUAAGAUUACAUUUGAAGAAUUUGAUUUAGAGAGAGGAUAUGACACUCUCACUGUUGGAGAUGGAGGACAACCUGGUGAUCCCAAAACAGUGCUUCAUGUAUUAACGGGCACCACUGUUCCUGAUCUUAUUGUCAGCACGAACCAUCAGAUGUGGCUCAUAUUCCAAACAGAUGGAACCAGCAGCUCUUUAGGAUUCAAAGCUAUUUAUGAAGAAAUUGAACAAGGAAGUUGUGGCGAUCCAGGAGUACCCCUAUAUGGAAGAAGAUUGGGAAGUGGAUUUCGUCAUGGAGAUACCCUAAGAUUUGAAUGUCAGCCUGCUUUUGAGUUGGUGGGACAGAAAACUAUCACAUGUCAGAAAAAUAAUCAGUGGUCAGCUAAGAAACCCAGCUGUGUGUUUGCCUGCUUCUUCAACUUUACAACUCCAUCUGGUAUCCUUCUAUCCCCAAAUUACCCAGAGGAAUAUGGGAACCUUCUAAACUGUGUAUGGCUUAUUAUAGCCAAAUCAGAAAGUCGGAUUCAUCUAGCAUUUAAUGAUUUUGAUGUGGAACCACAGUUUGAUUUCUUAGUUGUGAAAGAUGGUGGGAAAGCCGAGUCACCAAUUUUAGGAACCUUUUCUGGAAACCAAGUACCAUCACCUCUGACAAGCAGCAGCCAUGUGGCAAGAUUAGAAUUCCAAACCGAUCAUUCCACAGCGAAACGGGGCUUCAACAUCACAUUCACAACAUUCAGGCACAAUGAAUGUCCAGACCCUGGUGUACCUGUAAAUGGCAAGAGAUUUGGGGAAAGCUUGCAGCUUGGAAGUUCUGUAUCAUUUCUCUGUGAAGAAGGAUUCAUUAAAACACAUGGAUCAGAGACCAUUACCUGUAUCCUUAAAGAUGGAAGUGUCGUGUGGAAUAAUGCUUUACCAAGAUGUGAAGCUCCAUGUGGGGGACACCUAACAGCCCCAAGUGGAAUAAUCCUGUCCCCAGGCUGGCCUGGAUUCUACAAAGAUUCUCUGAACUGUGUUUGGAUUAUUGAAGCUCAACCUGGAUACCCCAUCAAGAUUACAUUUAACAAGUUUAAAACAGAAGUGAAUUAUGAUACACUUGAAGUGAGAGACGGAAAGUUCUACUCCUCCCCGCUGCUUGGAGCUUAUCAUGGUACACAAGUUCCACAAUUCCUGAUCAGCACCAGCAACUUUCUCUAUCUCCUGUUUGCUACCGAUAAAAGUCAUUCAGACGUUGGUUUUCAAAUACGAUAUGAAACUGUAAAACUGCAGUCAGAUCAUUGCCUGGAUCCUGGAAUUCCUGUAAAUGGUCAGCGUCAUGGAAAUGAAUUUUACGUAGGAGCUUUGGUGACAUUCAGUUGUGAUUCAGGAUAUACCCUCAGUGACAAAGAACCUUUGGAAUGUGAACCUAAUUUCCAGUGGAGCAGACCUCUUCCUAGCUGUGAAGCUCUUUGUGGAGGGUACAUUCAAAGCUCUUCUGGGACCAUAUUAUCUCCAGGUUUUCCUGACUUCUACCCAAACAAUCUAAACUGUACUUGGGUUAUAGAAACCUCACAUGGCAAAGGUGUACAAUUCUCAUUUCAUACGUUUCACUUGGAAAGUCCACAUGACUACCUGCUUAUUACAGAAAAUAGCAGUUUUACCCAGCCGCUGCAGAGGCUGACAGGUUCAAGUCUUCCCUCAUCUAUCAGUGCUGGCCUCUAUGGAAAUUUUACUGCACAGAUACGCUUUAUUUCUGAUUUUUCCAUGUCAUAUGAAGGAUUCAAUAUCACAUUUUCAGAAUAUGAUUUAGAACCGUGUGAUGAUCCGGAUGUUCCAAAAUUCAGUAUAAGAAAAGGUCGUCAGUUUGGAGUCGGUGACACCUUAAGCUUUUCCUGUUUUCCUGGAUACAGGCUUGACGGUGUUCCUCAAAUUACUUGCCUUGGAGGUAGACGGCGUGUGUGGAGUUCGCCUCUGCCAAGGUGUGUUGCUGAAUGUGGCUCAUCAGUAAGUGGAACUCAGGGAACCCUUCUGUCACCAAACUACCCCCAAAACUACAACAAUAACCAUGAAUGCAUCUAUUCCAUCCAGACACAAACUGGCAAAGGAAUUCAACUGAAGGCCAAAGUUUUCCAGCUGCAAGACGGAGAUAUCCUUAAGGUGUAUGAUGGACGUAAUAAUUCUGCCAGACUUCUAGGUGCCUUUUCGAAUGAUUCCAUUAUAGGAGCUAUUAUAAACAGCACAUCAAGCAAUAUGUGGCUGGAAUUUAUCACAAACAUGGAAAAUACUAGCAAGGGGUUUGAGCUGCAGUUUUCUAGUUUUGAGCUAAUUAACUGUGAAGAUCCAGGAGUCCCACAAUUUGGCUAUAGACUACGUGAUGAAGGACAUUUUGCAGGCAGUACUGUUUCCUUUGACUGUGAUCCUGGUUAUGUGUUGCGAGGCAGUCCAACACUUUCUUGUUUGACAGGAGACAGGAGAGCAUGGGAUCAGCCUUUGCCUAUGUGUGUCGCUGAAUGUGGAGGACAUUUGAAAAAAGAAACAUCUGGAAGAAUUUUGUCUCCGGGAUAUCCAGCUCCUUAUGAUCAUAACCUCAACUGCAUUUGGACUAUUGAAGCAGACCCUGGGUGUACAAUUAGACUACACUUUGCACUCUUCAGUACAGAAGAACACCACGAUGUUUUGAAGAUAUGGGAUGGAUCUUUGGAAACUGGAAUCCUUCUAAAGGAAAUUAGUGGUUCACAGCUCCCAAAUGAUAUCCACAGCACCUUUAAUUCAGUUACACUCGAAUUCAAGACUGACUUCUUUACAAGCAAACAAGGAUUUGCAAUUCAAUAUUCAGUUUCAACAGCUACAUCCUGCAAUGACCCUGGAAUUCCUAUGAAUGGCACCCGGAGUGGCAGCAGUAGGAAUGCUGGAGAUUCCAUUGUGUUUCAGUGCGAUCCAGGAUAUGUGCUAAAGGGAGAGGACAGAAUCAUCUGUGUACAGAUAGAGAACAGAUUCUUCUGGAAUCCAGACCCCCCAAACUGUAUCGCCCCCUGUGGAGGAAACUUGACAGGACCUGCAGGAGUCAUUCUGUCUCCACAGUUCCCAGAGCCCUAUCCUCAUGGAAAGGAAUGUGACUGGAAAAUAACAGUGUCACCUGACUAUGUGAUCGCUCUUACAUUUAAUAGUUUCAAUAUCGAACCUGGUUACGAUUUUCUCCAUAUCUACAAUGGACCAGAUUCCGUGAGCUCCCUGAUUGGAAGCUUCUAUGGCUCAGACAUGCCAGACAGGAUAGAAAGCAGCAGUAAUAGCCUUUUUCUUGCAUUUCGCAGUGAUGCCUCAGUAAGCGGAGCAGGAUUUAUAAUUGAUUAUACAGAAAACCCGAGAGAGUCAUGUUUUGAUCCAGGAGUGAUAAACAAUGGGUCAAGAGUGGGAAGUGACUUUAAGCUCGACUCCACAGUUACCUACUAUUGUGACAGUGGCUAUGAGAUAGAAGGCUUUGCAACUUUAACCUGCAUCAUUGGAGAAGAUGGAAAGCCUGCAUGGAACAAACAUCGCCCAUCGUGUAGAGCUCCAUGUGGAGGACAGUUCAUGGGUUCAGAAGGUGUUGUCCUGUCUCCAAAUUUUCCUCAGAACUAUUCCAGUGAUCAAGUCUGUUUAUACUCCAUUGUAGUAUCAAAAGACUAUGUUGUUUUUGGACAGUUUGUGUUUUUCCAUACUGCACUUAACGACAUAGUGGAAGUGUACGAUGGACCCACCGAGCAUUCUCGUCUCCUUAGCUCACUGUCAGGCUCUCAUUCAGGAGAAUCACUGCCCUUAGCAUCAUCCAAUGAAAUAUUCCUGAAAUUUAGUGCCAGAGGACAAUCAACAGCUAGGGGGUUCCACUUUGUAUAUCAAGCUGUCCCUCGAACUAGUGCAACUCAGUGCAGUUCUGUUCCUGAACCUAGAAAUGGAAAGCGAAUAGGGAAUGACUUUUCUGUUGGCGCCAUUGUCCGUUUUGAAUGUAGUCCAGGAUAUGCCCUUCAGGGAUCUAGGGUCAUCGAGUGUUUGACUGUACCAGAAGCUUUAGCUCAGUGGAACACAUCGAUACCUUCUUGUGUUGUGCCAUGUGGGGGAAAUCUAACUGACCGUAAAGGGACCAUUCUGUCUCCAGGAUUUCCAGAGCCAUAUCUUAAUAGUUUAAACUGUGUCUGGAAAAUAACAGUCCCAGAAGGAGCUGGAAUACAAAUUCAGGUGAUCAGUUUUACUACAGAACACAACUGGGACUCCCUGGAAGUUUUUGAUGGUGGUGAUAACACUGCAACCAUGCUUGGAAGUUUCUCAGGAACUACUGUGCCUCCUUUACUAAACAGCACCUCAAAUCAGCUUUACUUGCAUUUUUACUCUGAUAUCAGUGUUUCUGCUGCAGGUUUCCAUCUGGAAUACAAAACUGUGGGACUUUCCAGUUGUCCUGAUCCAGCAGUGCCCAGCAAUGGACUUAAGCUUGGAGAGAGAUACUUGGUUAAUGAUGUAAUAUCAUUUCAGUGUGAACCAGGGUACACAUUACAGGGCCAUUCUCACAUUUCCUGUAUGCCGGGAACUGUCAGACGUUGGAAUUAUCCACCACCUUUGUGCAUUGCUCACUGUGGUGGAAUAUCAGAAGAUAAGGAAGGAGUCAUUCUUAGUCCUGGGUUUCCUGGUAACUACCCUAGCAACAUGGACUGCACAUGGAAAAUAUCCUUACCAGUAGGAUUAGGUAUACAUAUUCAAUUUCAAAACUUUUCCACAGAGCCAAACCAUGAUUUUCUUGAGAUUCGUAAUGGACCAUUUGAUACAAGCCGGGUUAUUGGUCGAUUUAGUGGAGCUGAAAUCCCACCUUCUUUUUUGUCAACAUCUCAUGAUACAACACUCUAUUUUCAUAGUGAUCACUCACAAAACAAACCAGGAUUCAAACUGGAAUACCAAGCCUAUGAGCUUCAAGAAUGCCCAGAUCCAGAGCCAUUUUUGCAUGGAAUAGUCAUCGGUGCAGGCUAUGAUGUGGGGCAGUCUAUUUCUUUUGAGUGCCUUUCAGGCUACCAGCUGAUUGGACAUGAGUUGCUUACCUGUCAUCAUGGAGCCAACAGAAAUUGGGAUCAUCCAUUUCCCAGGUGUGAAGCACCAUGCGGAGGGAAUAUUACCAUGUUUAAUGGGACAAUUUACUCACCUGCUUUUCCAAAUCAAUACCCUAAUUCAGUUGACUGCUCUUGGUUGAUCACAGUGCCUGCCGGAUAUGGAGUUCAUGUCAACUUCACUUUGCUACAAACUGAGUUGAACAAUGACAUCAUCACUAUCUGGGAUGGGCCUUUACAGAGUAAUCCAGAAGUGGGAAUGUUUAGUGGAACCUCAACCAAUCAGUCUGCACAGAGCUUCUCUAAUCAGAUGCUAAUACAUUUUUUGAGUAAUGCAGUAAAUGGAGGACUCUUCAUUCUCACUUUCCGUGCCUUUCUCCUACACAAGUGCCAACCACCACCACACAUUCCAAAUGCUGAAAUGAGUCCAGCAAAAGAAGAAUAUAAAAUAGGUGACACAGUGAAAUAUAAAUGUGCUCCUGGAUACCUUCUUGUAGGCAAUGAAAUUGCAACCUGUAGACUAGGAACUCGGCUUCAGUUUGCUGGUCCAUUUCCAUCUUGUGAAGUUCACUGUCCAAUGAAUGAAGUCCUCACUAAUUCAACAGGUGUCAUACUGAGUCAGAGUUUCCCGGCAAGUUACCCUUACUUUCAGACGUGUUCUUGGGUCAUCAAAGUUGAGGCUGGCUACAACAUCACUCUCAACAUUGAAUACUUCCAAAGUGAAAAACAAUUUGAUGAACUAGAGAUUUUUGAUGGUCCCUCUGCACAAAAACGGCUCCUGAUGUCUUUGAGUGGGAAUUAUACCUCUCCUUUGAUGGUUGUCAGCACUGGAAACAAUGUAUAUCUCCGAUGGUCAUCUGACCAUGCUUCUAACAGAAAGGGAUUUAAAAUACGCUACUCAGCUCCAUACUGUAGCACUCCUAGUCCACCCAUCAGUGGCUUCAUCAACAUCCAAACUGGCAACCAGCCGGGCAGUACAAUUCAGUUUGGCUGUGAUGCAGGAUAUAAUUUGGUGGGACACAGAAUUGCCACAUGUGUGAGAUUUCCUCAGGGAUAUUAUGACUGGAAUGCUGCAGUCUCUUUAUGCCAAGCCACUUUCUGUGGAUUUCCAAGACCUCCAGGAAAUGGAACUGUCUUUGCCAGGGAAUGCACUUUUGGCUCAAAAGCUGUCUACACCUGCAACGAAGGUUACGCCAUACAUUCACCUGAGCAAAGUGUAGCAGUGUGCCAGAAGGAUGGAAAAUGGAGCAAUUAUGACGUACCACCCAUCUGUGCAGCUGUCACUUGCCCUGAUAUCAACAGCAUUAGUGUGGAGUAUGGAAGAUGGAGUCUUAUAUCUGGAUCUAAGAACCAAUAUGGUUCUGAGUACAUACUUAGCUGCAAUCCCGGAUAUUACUUCAGAGGACCACGUGUUGUAAGGUGUCGAGCCAAUGGAACAUGGAGUUUGGGUGAGACAAUUCCUUCUUGCAAAAUAAUAUCAUGUGGAGAUAUAGCAACACCUUCUAAUGGAAACAAAAUUGGAACAUUACUGACAUAUGGGGCCACUGCAAUCUUUUCAUGUAAUACUGGUUAUACUCUGUUUGGAUCUCGCCUACGUGAGUGUAUGGCCAACGGACUUUGGAGUGGUACUGAAGUAAAAUGCCUUGCUGGACAUUGUGAUGCACCAGAUCCUGUAGUUAAUGGACAGAUUAAUGGAGAAAACUUCAACUACAGAGGAAGUGUAGUUUAUCAGUGCAACUCUGGGUUCCGUCUUAUUGGAAUGUCAGUCAGAAUCUGUCAGCAGAAUCACAAAUGGUCUGGAAAGCCUCCUGUCUGUGUGCCUAUUACAUGUGGCCAUCCAGGCAACCCAGUCAACGGUUUGACAAAGGGUACACAGUUCAACUUGAAUGAUGUUGUCACGUUUACAUGUAACAAUGGGUAUGUUCUACAAGGAGCACAUAGAUCACAGUGUCUAGCAAACGGACAGUGGAGCAACCCACUACCAGAAUGCCAAAUUAUAAACUGUACUGACCCUGGGCAGAAUGAAAAUGCUAUGCGUCAAGUUCAGUCUAGUGGCCCGCACAGAUUUGCCUUUGGAACUAAUGUGGUCUACCACUGCAACCCAGGGUAUUAUUUGCUAGGCUCUCAUGUCCUUACCUGUCAAGGUGACGGCGCGUGGGACCGUUCUCCUCCAGAAUGUCUUUUGGUGUCCUGUGGCCAUCCUGGCAUUCCUCCCAAUGCACAGAUAUCAGGAGACAAGUAUAUAGUAGGGUCUGUUGUGCGCUAUAGCUGUGAAGGAAGGCAGACACUAAUUGGUAAUUCUACUCGCAUGUGUCAGUUAGAUGGGCGCUGGAGUGGGACAUUACCGCAUUGCUCAGGAGAUACAUAUGGUUAUUGUGGGGAUCCUGGGAUUCCAUCACAUGGAAUUCGGUUAGGGGAUGAGUUCACUUUUAACAGUGUUGUAAGGUUUAGCUGUGAACCUGGAUAUUCCCUACGAGGGUCCCCAGAACGUACAUGUUUUUCAAAUGGAUCAUGGAGUGGCACACAACCUGAAUGUGAAGUGAUAUCAUGUGGAAAUCCAGGUACUCCAAGCAAUGCAAGAGUUGUAUCUAAUGAUGGUUUGACAUUCAACAGUGUCGUCACAUACGAAUGUCGGGAAGGUUAUUAUUCCGCAGGAUUAUUGACCAGACACUGUACUGUCAAUGGCACCUGGACAGGUGUGACACCGGAAUGUAAGGUGAUAACUUGUGGAGAUCCGGGAGUACCUGCAAAUGGUAUCCGAAUUGGCAGUGAGUUUGCAUAUAAUAAGACAGUAACAUUCCAGUGUGUUCCAGGAUUCAGAAUGGAUUCCGAAAGGUCAUCAACUUUGAUUUGCACAAAAGAUAGAACCUGGAAUGGUACAAAACCUGUUUGCAAAGCUAUUACAUGCCAGCCACCACCUAGUAUCCCAAAUGGGAAGGUUGUGGGCUCUGACUUUAACUGGGGAUCGAGUGUGAGCUAUUCGUGUUCAGAAGGAUACCAGCUGUCUCUACCUGUUGUUCUAACCUGUGAAGGGAAUGGGAACUGGAGCGGAGAAAUUCCACAGUGUUUUCCUGUCUUAUGUGGGGAUCCUGGGAUACCAGCUCAUGGCAAAAGAGAAGACAGGGGUUUUACCUACAGGUCAUCAGUAACUUUUUCCUGCUUUCCUCCAUAUGUCCUUGUGGGAUCAACUCGGAGAUAUUGCCAAGCCGAUGCAACAUGGAGUGGAACCCAGUCAACAUGCAUAGAUCCCACUCAUUCUACAUGCAGUGAUCCAGGAGUACCACUUUUUGGAAUACAAAACAAUGCUCAAGGAUAUCAGGUUGGAAGUGUUGUGUCCUUCAGAUGUGAAAAAGGUUACCUUCUACAAGGAUCAACAACGAGAACAUGUCUGCCAAAUCUAACUUGGAGUGGGAUUCAACCAGAAUGUACACCACACCACUGCAAGCAGCCAGAAACUCCUCCUCAUGCUAAUGUUGGCGUAUUGGAUUUGCCGUCAUUUGGCUACACUUUGAUAUAUGUUUGUCAACCUGGGUAUCGUCUCAUUGGAGGUUCAGAACACCGAAUCUGUAAUGCACAAGGAGGCUGGUCAGGAAAGUCUCCUGUCUGCCAAGCUGAUACAAGACCACUGGGUGGACCAAUGGGAACUGUCAAAGAAACUGCCAGUACAAAAGCACCAGUUCCUGCUGAUGUCUUUGCAAAGAACUCUCUGUGGAAAGGUUCUUAUGAAUAUCUUGGAAAAAAGCAACCGGCUAUGCUUUCUGUUACAAGAUUUGACACAGCCAGUGGAAAAGUCAAUGCAACACUAAUAGACCACAGUGGUGUUGAAUUAAAAUUGGAAGGUGUCUACAAGAAAGAAGAAGCUCAUCUCUCACUUCAGCUGUAUCAGAUUAGAGGACCUGCUGACAUCCUGGUUAACAAGUUCAAGGGUGACAACUGGGCCAUGGAUGGACAUGUUUCAUCAGAAUCUACAAGCAGUAGUUUUGUGUAUCAGGGAUUCAUAAGAAGCCAAGGAUUUGGACAAUUUGGACUUCUGAGAUUAGAUAUGCGGAGUCAAGAUGGAGAAACAGACUUGAUAGGGCAUCAUUUUACAUCAAACAGCAGCUCUGUCGCAGCUGCAAUUCUAGUGCCUUUUAUAGCCCUGAUUAUUGCAGGGUUUAUAUUAUAUCUGUAUAAACACAGAAGAAGACCCAAAGUACCUUUUAAUGGGUUUGCAGGCCAUGAAAAUACAAAUGGCCGUGCUACAUUUGAAAAUCCAAUGUAUGACAGAAAUCUACAACCAACAGAUAUCAUGACCAAUGAAAAUGAGUUUACUGUCAGUACUGUAUGCACAGCAGUAUAGCACAUGCCUUUUCACUGAAUGUUAAAGUGAAAGGUGUUCUAUUGACUGUGUUCCACCUCAUCUGUCUUCAUCAAACAUCGUUUCUUCAAGAACAUAAACAACAAAGAAGACAUUUCUGGGAUAAUUAUGUUUUGGUUUCAUAUUUAUCCAAUGAAUGAUUGUAUUUUAGCAGAAUGAGUUGCACCUACUAAUCAAACCAAACAGUAUAGCAGCCAUAUAGCCAUUCAUUACAGUUUUUUUUUUUAAAUGUAGAACAUCAGAAAUCUAUUUUUGUUUGGAAAUAACCAUGACCAUUUCUCAAACUAGUGAUGCUGCUUUUAACAGAAUUAUUUCGUUUCUUACCUGGCCAUUAUUUACAUGAUAUAAAAUAGAAUUUAUUAUUUCAACAUUAGUACAUUAUUUUUGGACAUUAUAUGCAUUUUACUAGAGACAGAACUAUUGGUAUUCAUUUCUUGUGGGCUCACUUUGGUAAAGAUCUCCAUAUAUGCAUUUGCGACCUUACCAUAAAUGAAAUUGGACAUGCCAACACAAAUUAAAACCAAGUCAAUAAAUAAAUAAACAAUAGUUUCAAAUACUGCUCAGUUUAAAGAUACUGUGUAACUUAUGCAGAAAGGGAAGUUGGAAAUUUAAAAGUGCUGUGGUGUAGUUCAGUCAAAGAUAACACCAUGCCAUAGGGCUGUUACUGAAAUGCAAGCAGAAAGAAGAAUCAUAGCAGAACUUUAAGAGUAUUUAAUUAUGGACAUGGUUGAGCUAAGCCAAAGCUGGCUUAGUACCCCCAUUCCUCACUGAUUGAGCCAUCACCCCAGAAACCUGAUGUUGCUUUCUUAUCAUACUAGUUGUACAGCCAGAAGAAGAGCACUGUAUUUGGCUCAAUAGAUUUUCUUCUGUAAAAAAAAAUCUGAAAAAUAAGUCUAGCUGUAGAUGCUCAGGGAAGCUACACCAACAGCUCCAAAGACUUUUGUGUACACUGUGUGUUGAGAAACACGGAACUACUACUGUGAGCUGGAAAUGUGGAAAUCCUGACUUACACUGAUGAAUGCAUGUCAGAUCUAGAGCUGUGGAACACAUUUUUUUUAUAAAUGCUUUUGGAUGGCUAGAAUGCUAAACAAUCAAAGAGGCUUUGCAGCAUUUCGCUCCUACAUUUCUGGGAAAUGAUGAUGGCAUCUUUCACUUGCAUAAAUAUGGAAAUAUCCAGUGUGUCUUUUCAUAGUUUCUUUUAUUUUCAUCUCUAUUCAACAGAUACGUGAAGUCUGCAUUGGAGUCUGACCAACUGUAGCUACUGUUUUUUUUUCUGCAUAAUAUUCCAAUAGCAGCAGAAGUCUAAGCAUCACAACUGAUUUCUAAAUGUAGCUAUGUGCUAUUAUGUUCAAGUCACCAUAACCAGAGAUGUGGUAUAUAGUACUGCAGGCAUUCUGAAAGACUUAAUCUCAUUAUAAGUGAAUUGCUUCACUGUAAUGCUUGGCUAGAAAGCAACAUUAUGCAGGAAUAGCACAUUUAAACUGAGAGUAGGUCUUUUAAAAUCUGGAACCUAUAAUCAAACAUGUAGUUAUUUUAUUUGGUUAUGUUUAUUUGUAUGUUUGAUCUCAUAACCAGAUGACUGUGUAGCCAUGCUGCUUUUGAAUGGGCUUAUACUAUUCCCUGUUUUCAAGGCAGAGGCCAGUCAUAGUGAAGCCAUCCCGCAGGCAUCCAUAUAUUUUUUUUAUGUUUGUUUUUUUUUUUUCUGAUACCAACCUAAGCCUACCCCUUGGCAUCCUGGUAUGUAUGUCACCUGAGGAGAACACCUACUAUAUCACCUGCUAAGUACAAUUAAGCUCACUGACAUUGAUAGCUGUAGCCCAUGUGAUCCACUUAGCAAUGCCAGACAUUCGUCUGUAGUCCAUAUGCUGCAUAUUGAAGCAGUUGGCAUUCACUCGUUAUCAGUACAGAAGCAGAUUACGUCAAGCCUCUUCUACCAGAAUGGAUGAGUUGGCAUCAGCUACAAACCCCAUAUUCUCCAGAAAUCUGCUUCACAGCCCUAGGUGAGUCCAGGUCAUCUAGUUCACAAAUAGAGUUUUAUUGUUGUGUGCCACAUAGCCAGGCUAGUAGUGUAUGCUUUUUGUUGACUUUUAUUUUGCAAUAUAUAUAUUGAAAAUUUAAUUCCUUAAAUAUGUAGAUAUUACCAAUAAAAUAUUAUGGUUUUGUAAUCCUAAUGGAAAUCAAGAAACAUUCAGUUUCCUAGAGUCAUUUUUCAUAAAAUGAAAUCCACUGAUCAUCUUGAACUUGCAAUUUUCAAAACUUUGUGACAUUGUCCAACUAUCUGCAAAAGGUCUAUGAUGUCUUACUAAGAGAGCCACAACAAAUGACUGCAAAUAUCAUUUCAGCACUCCAGAAUUUAUAUUUCAUUUUUUCUGCUAUACUGUCAACACAGUAAAGAACCUCAGAGGACAGAAAGAUAUGCUGCCUUAAAAUGUGUGAGCUCAAUAACUUUGAAAGUGUUAGGAUAGUAAAUUGUUAAAAUAAUUAUUGCAAUGCAGACUGAUGCAUUUAUAACAAACAAUAAGCCAAACGUUAGCUGCAAGAACAUGUUAAU